AUGGAAGACGUGAAAGGUCUGGACCCGGCUCGGGAUGGCGUCGACGGCAACAUCGUCGCUGGCAAUAACGAGGCCAAGCCAGCUUCAGAAGCUCACAUCGACGGUAUCGAGGAUGCGUCGCCAUCGACACCACCACCGGCUGGCAAGUCAUGGCGCUUCAAGCUCGCCUUCCUGGGCCUUGCUUGUAUCGAUUUUGUCUUCCAAUUCGAUGCUACAGCGCUCGGCGUAGCACUGCCGGUAUGUUGAUGGCCUCCUUUUCCCAUCUCUUGCUCUGAUACACGGGCUCACCUUUCCACUAGACAGUCGCCCACGCACUCGGAGGAACCACAACACAGUCCUUGUUCGCUAACAUCAGCUACCUCCUCUGCGUCGUCGUAGCAACACCCAUCUGGACGAGUGUCUCCGAUGUCCAGGGUCGCAAGCCACUUUUGCUCGCCGCUGCAGCCUUCUUCUUCGUCGGAUCAAUCGUCUUCGCCGUCGCGCAGGACAUGCCCACCUUGAUUGCGGGUCGAGUACUCCAAGGGAUCGGAGGGGGCGGCAUCAAUGUUCUGGUGGAAACGAUCGUGGCAGACAUGACAACGCUGAAAGAGCGUUCGUUCUGGCUGGGUAUCAUGGGCGUCCCGAUUGCGACGGGCAACGUGCUGGGCACCCCUCUGGGUGGCGUCCUCGCGGGUGCGGACUGGAGGUGGCUAGGAUGGAUCAACUUGCCUUUCAUUGGCGUCGGCUUUCCCCUCGUGCUGGUCUUCCUACGCCUCCGAUCUGUCGUCGGUGAUGAGUCCCCUUGGCAAAGACUGCGAGGCCUAGACUGGAUCGGCAUGCUCGGCUUCAGUGGUGCAAUCAUCUCGCUGGUCCUCGCUCUUGGCUGCGCGGGUGAGCUGUAUCCAUGGGACGCCUGGGAGACUUUGUUUCCACUGCUACUAGGCGUGGCACUUCUUCUGGCCUUUGCAUUCUACGAAAGAUAUCCGACUUCACCCAUCGUUCCCCACCGAAUCUAUCGUCCACGAACAGCAUGGGUGACACUAUUAUGUGGCUUCCUACAAGGACUGGCAAUGUUCUCCAUCCUGCAAUACCUGCCCUUGUUCUAUCAGUCUGCCGCUCUCCUGCCAAUCCUGAAAAUGGUGGUCUAUCUCCUACCCUCAGCGUUCGCCAGCAUCUUCCUCUCGCUAGCCGCAAUGCUGCUGGUCGGUCCUGUCGGACAAGGCUAUCGGUACUUCAUAUGGGCACUUUGGGUCAUCGCAACGCUCGGAACUGGUCUCCUCUGUCUUCUAGGCCCAGGCUCAUCGACCGGAAUGCUCAUCGGGAUCCCGAUCAUCUGGUCGUCGGGCGUGACAGCCUUACGUAUGCUCAUGCUACCACUCCAAGCCAGCGUAACGCACAUCGACGACACCAACCUCGCGAUCGGGCAACUCCUGACCUUGCGACUCUUCGGCGGCGUCGUCGGCCUCGCGAUAGCAUCAGGUACUUUUGGCUCGGUCUUCUCCGCAUCGAUCUCGAAACUCGGAGCUCUGACGGGCCCUCUGAGUGUCUUGAACGAUUCGAGCAAAGCCAUAGAGUUCAUCCCCGAGCUGAGGAAGAUCGACGUGCCAGCCGAAGCGCUUCGAGAUGUUUUGAAAAUCUACGCAAAGGCUUUCCAUACUGUCGUCUACAUCAUGACGGGGCUCGCGGGCUUGGGACUUCUUGCGUCGUUCUUCAUGGAAGAGUUGGAGAUGCAGAAGGAAGAGCUGGGUCAGCAGCGGUUUGAAGACAAGGCUCCAACCACAACAACAACAACAACAAUAUAG